AUGGACUUCUCGUCUUUGCUGCGGCGCAAGCCGACUGCGGUCACUUAUGGCAAGCGCAGCCGUGGCGCGAAUGGCAGCGCCGACUCUUUUCCAGCCACGGAGCGUCCGAAUGUCGUCGCCAGAUGUUCAAGCGGCUCCUCCGAUGAGGAUGACCAACCAGCCGGUCCUUCCGACACUCCAAGAGGCCUUACACACGCAGAGGACGGCGCACUUUCGCCUUGCCGGCCGUUGAAACAGAGUCCUCGCGAUCGAAUGCCCACUCAGCCAAUCGCUGACACCAUCUCGCCUAGCACGCAGCCACCGCCAAGGACACUGAACGGCGCAUCCACCAGAUCUCCCACUGCAACAUCAUCUGCAUCUAUAACCCCUACAGCGCACAUCCCAGCAUCCCUCUCAACACCGAGCAUCUUUCCAAACGCGCGCACUCCAGCCACCGCCCUCGGCUCGACAAGCUCGCUACCACCACGACCGCACCGAGCUGCUUCGCCAUCAGCCACCAAAAGCAACCAUGCUUCAUCGUCAAAACUGCCACUCAGGAGGAGUGCCAGCUCAUCGCCUCGCAAAGUCACCCCCUCUGCACUCUCGCCAAGCAAACGAGCGGCACCGUCUCGAACACCCUCCAGGCCAGCACAGGAUCUCUCCGGCUUGUUUGACUCCAUCGAGCCCACAUUGCCACGCUCGACUCGUCCGUUUGCCAGAAGCGAGAGUCAGCCUACUGCACAACUGCAUCGUGAUGUCAACGAUACUUUGCUCGAUACAGCGCCUGCUUUUGCAAACAGUCCUCUUGCUUCGCCUACCCUGCCAUCAUCGAAACUUGCUGAAGAAGAGCUACUUUCUCCAGGUACGCUCACAAGCCCUUCCAAGCGGCCACGUAUGGCUGACAGGAUGGCACCCAGAGCUGCACGAUCGACAAAGUCCAAGGCGGAUGAGGUUGCAGAAAGCCUUUUCAAUUCGAGCAAAGGAUCGUUGCGAAGGACGGAGACGGCACCAUCAGCAGUGUCAGAAGCUACUUCCAUUGGCUUGUUUGCCUCGGAUGGAGAUCGUGCAGCAUCGAUCAAAGCAAAGCAGGACGACGCGGCUAGUGGCCGUCAGUCAGAUGCUGGCUCAACACCCAUCGAUGCCGCGUCGCAAGCUGAUAGCCAGUCACAAGAAGGGAUGAGCUCAGCGAUGAGUGCUCCUAGGCUCGCUGGAAUCAAGCAGACGUCGGCGGCAAACGCCAGGCGCACCUACGGCUUGCAAAGAAGCUUCCUUGCUGACCAGGCUGAGGAAAAUCUGCUCUUCGAUCCUUCAUCUAAAUCGAAUGGCGCAUCUCGUAGUAUUGAAGACGAGAUCCAAGCCGAGCUCAAAGGCAAUGGCACGAGUACCUCGAGCAAUCACACAAGUCGACCAUCCCCCUCUGUCGCAUCUCGACUCGCAGAUUCAGCGACGGCAGCACCUCGCGAGAGCUAUGCUGAACUCCUAAAGAAAUGGGGCGAGGGUGCCGAUGAUAUCGAAUGGGAUGAAUCGCAAGAUCCAACGCUCAAUCUCAAAUCCAUCACCUCCCUUCGCUCCACCGGCGAGCUUCGACGCUUCAACGAUGAUCUCGAAUACCUCUUCUCUGGCCUCGAUCCAUCGCAGGCUCUCUCCAUUCGUAGAAGUUCAGCGGUAGAACUCGUUCGUCUGCUUUGCGGCAAGCCCGAUAUCGACAGUCUCAACGAUGCUGCUGGUCAUGACGACAAUGAUGCGGAAGAAGAAGAAAAAGAAGAAGAAGAAGCUGAAGAAGCUGAAGAUCCACUGGUUUCGGCUCAAUCGGCCGAGUUCUUGCGCAAGCUCAAAGCGUCAGACCUCAUCGCACGCUUGCUAGAUCUCUUCCGAGGCGCAGAAGCAGGUGAAGGCGUCGAUGGUGUUCUCGAUGCCGCUGUAGCUGUGUACAUUGCCAAGCUGCUAAAGUCACCAUCUUCUGCCGAGCCCUUGACACGCGAGAGAUGUUGCGAGCUCUUCACUACGCUUCGAGAAGUUCUGCUGCGAGCGGAUCGAUCCGAACGCCAAUCUCGCAAAGACGGCUUCGCACUGCUUCGUUUGCACGAGCUGAAACAGCACAAAAUCGCCUCCAAGUCGGACAGAAGAACGCUGGGUGAACUUCGAGCCAUCGCACGCAUCUCGAAGCUUUUUGUCGCUGGUGCACAAAGCUGGACACUGCGCAACUUGGUGCUGGCAGCUUGCUGUUCCUUAAUCGCGCUGCCUCGUCGCAUUUUGAGCGAUGCCGCGAUCAAAGAUCUUCUGGUCGAUGACGAUACAGCCGAUGAUGGCUUUCAUCCAUCCCUUUUCACCACUGUCCUGAACGUUCUGGUAGCAGAAGGUGCAAAAGCGCAACAACGACUAGUCGACUUUAGCAAAGGCCUCCAACUUGUCACACCUACUGCAGUCGAAGCUGUACCCGACUUGGAAACAGUCGACGUCUGCAUCCGAUUCCUCGACAAAGGAAUGGACAUUCUCUAUCUCGAACUCGAUCAAGCUGUCCCUGCCUCGAACGAGACUCUAGACGCGCUACAAAACCUCAUCAGCUUUGCUGUCCAAGCAGCACCCUUUGGCUCCCCUCCUCAAGACGUCCCAUCCCAAAAAUUGACCGCUUGGUCAACCAGAGCACUGCAAGUCCUACAUGCACUCUUCAAAACCCUCUUAGACCUAAGUCAAGUCGACGCCAAUUGGAGCGAAUCACUCGCCAACUCCCUUCCGCUUGGAACAUUAAUCAUUCGAGCUUUUCUUCUCAGCCAUCGCUGUGCCACCUCUCACCGCCAAACCUCGACCUCCUUGAACGCAGGUUUGUUUGAUGAUGUUCAACACCUAACCCUAGCUCUCCUCACCAAUCUGCUCAUCAAACAACAAAUUAAAGCAAGCAACACCUUGCAAUCCAUCCAAAUAGACCCUUCCUGCUGGGGUCGUAGAACUUGCACCCCCAUCUCCUGCAACUGCACAUCGCGUUCCCCAGCGCUAGCAACGCUAGCACGAGUCUUGUUCGAAACGAGGAACGCGGCGAGAGAGCACGAUGAUAGUAAUGCAGCGUAUUUGUCGAAUUCAAUUGCGACAGCUCUAGCACAGUUUGCAGUUGGUGGCAAGGAAAGUCUAGAGUUGUGCAGGAGGGUGUUGGAUGAGCAAAGGCAAGAGAAAGGAGGGUCGGGUUUGGGGGGGUUGAGGGAGUUGGUGGAUGCAGUGGAAGAGUUUGCGCUUGUACACCAAGCUGCGUUGGUUGCUGGACAAAGUGAAGCCACGAGAGAAGCAGACGGGUUGGACGAGGAGAGAGAGGAAGAGGCGGCGGUAAAGCAGGAGGGCGAGGGAGGGCAGAAUGCAGUAGCAGAAGAAGCAGGACAACUGAUUAAAGAUUUAGCUUUACGCUUGAGAGAACUGGCUAAACAAUAA